AUGACACACAAACACAACCUUUCACUGGUCGAAGCCAGCAUCAGCGAUCUGAAAAGAUUGCUAGAUACCCGAGUCAUUACAAGUGUCGAACUUGUUGCUCUUUACCUGCAUCGAAUCGGCAAGUUUGACUGCAGAGGUCCAUGUCUCAAUUCCGUAUGUUUAAUAAACCCCGAGGUAUUCGCAGAGGCCAAAGCCUCAGACGAUUACCGUAACUCUGGAAAGCCGCCACGACCACUCGAAGGUAUUCCAUUCACGGUCAAAGACAGCUACAAAGUCAAGGGUAUGACAGUUGCAGCUGCAUCCCCUGCCUUUGCAAACCUUAUAGCAACCUCGGAUGCUGCCAUCGUCGAGUUACUUCGCAAUGCAGGCGCAGUGGUGCUUGGAAAGACCAACAUGCCACCAAUGGCGGACGGUGGUUGCCAGCGAGGCUUAUAUGGACGAUCAGAAAGUCCAUAUAACCAGAAGUAUAUGUGCACUGCGUACGCCUCUGGCUCAUCCUACGGCUGCGGUGUGUCUACUGCAGCAAACCUAGCUGCUUUUGGUUUCGCUGGAGAAGCCGUGACUUCAGGUCGCUCGCCAGCAUCCAACAAUGCACUGAUCGGCUACGCCCCUUCCCGCAGUGUUAUUCCUCCCCGGGGACUAUGGCCUUUGUAUCCGACUUGCGACCAGGUCGUUCCUCACACAAGAACCAUGGAGGAUUUGUUUCACGUACUGAACGUCGUCGCCACCGAUGAUGAUGCUGCCGGCAACGCUGACUUCUGGCGUUCGCAACCUUAUGUAUCAUUGCCAAGGGUUAGCGAGAUACGACCAACCGACUAUUUUUCUCUCGCCAAUCCAGAUGCGCUUCGAAAUAAACGACUAGCUGUUCCUCGAUGCUUCAUCGGGUAUCAAGGUGCAAAGCUGGAGAACGCAUGCUCUCCAGGCGUCAAAGCGCUGUGGGAAAGAGCACGCGCAGACAUGGAGAAGCUGGGCGCCACUAUCAUUGAGACCGAUUUCCCCAUUUUCGAGAACUACACCAGACAAGACUUUCCCGGUCAAAGCAUGAAUGUUCCCAAUAUUUCUCAGGAAUGGACGGCGCUGGAGCGUUGUGAUAUGAUUGCCUUGAGUUGGGACGACUUCCUCCGCAGCAACGGCGAUAAAGAUAUCCCAGACUUUACCUUUGCUGAACUUCACAAGAUCAACCCUAACAUUGCUCCUAUGGAUGACCCAUCGCAGCAUACCGAGUCUCAAAAUCAGGUCCGCUAUGAAGACAUGGUCGAUGUUGUCAAGAAUCGGGGAAACAGCCGCCUAGCUGACCUCCCUGGGUGUCGGGAAGCGCUCCAAGCUUUGGAAGCCAUGAGGAAAAAGGAUUUGGAGGACUGGAUGACCGAGAACAAGUUUGAUGCUGUCGUGUUUCCGACGAAUGGCGACAUUGCGUUGGCUGAUUCUGACGAAAACUACGAGUCGAUGAUUGAUGCACUACGCGAUGGAGUCAAGUAUGCAAAUGGUGGCCGAUCACUCAAACAUCUCGGAGUGCCUUGCAUUACUGUACCUAUGGGAAACCUUGCAGAAGAGAAGAUGCCGGUCGGUCUUAAUUUCUGUGGCAGGGCGUAUGAUGACUUCAGCAUCAUGAGCUACGCUUUUGCGUACGAGGCAGCGUCGAAGCGUCGGGAGAUUCCCCCUCUGGCACCACCGCUGCCUUCAGAUGAGAUUUCAAUUCCUCAUAGUCCUCCAUCACUGACCAUGAUGACGCCAACGUUGGAGAUUGCAUCGGUAACAGCUUCAAGCGAGGAUGGCCCAGAUUCGGAUGUUCGCAUGGUCAAAGUAACGGGAACCUGCAAAUUCUCAAGCUCGCCCAAGACUUCAAUUAGCCUAGAGGUCUUUGCUAAUGGCGAGCUGGGAUCCCCAGUGACCUGGGAUGGUGACAACUGGGUAUGGACGGCUAGGCUCACUCGGCCCAAGCGUGACGACAAGUAUCCAGCCCUUACCAAGGUUCCAAGGGAUCAGUUUCUUGUUGUUUUCAUUGCAAAAGCUGACAAUGGACGGUCUUCCGGUUCCUUCAUUUUACUCGACUAG